AUCGACGCUACUGUUAACGUCACGCCUGUAAGCCGCGCGCUCGCCCAGCGCUUGCCUUCCCUGUCUUGCUCCUCUCCCUAGUCGGACGCUGCAUUAGCGAGGGGGUGCUGAUCACCACGAGGAGAGGAGGGGGAAAAAAAGAACUGGAAAACAAGAAGAAAAAAGAAACAAGCCGGAGAGAGGAAGGAGAAAACUGCGCACCACCCCUCCUCCCUCUAACCCACCUCGAUCAACCCAGCUACAACACCCCCCACUCCUCCCAGCCCCCCCUUCCAUCCCCCACCCCACUCCCCCUCUGAAGAAAUUGACGGAUUAUUGGGAAGUGCAAGGGAGGCAGGCUGCAGCUGCUGCUGUGUGUGCUCACUACUGCUGCUGUGUGCUUCGCGGGGAUGGUGUGUGUGCGUUUGCAAUUGCUGCUGCUGCUGUCGCUGCCGCGGCUGCUGCCGAGGCUGGAGCGUGUGGCUAGUUAAGAAGAGGAAGAGGCUAAUGAAGGCAGUGCGUGUCGCCUAGUCUUUCCAACCCCCCGGCUGAGCACUCCUGGAGGAAGGAAAAAAAAAAAGAAAAAAGAAAGAAAAAUCAAGUGGACACGACGCCACACUGAGAGCAAGGGGAAGAGAGCGAGAGAGGGAGAAGGGCUGUCAGACUGACCAACCGACCAACUGAUUGACCACUAAAAAGUGAACAGAGGAAUACAGAGAGGAGGGGGGUCUGUUUUUUAUCCCCCCUCCAGCUUGUCAACCUCCCACUCCAAAGCAUCGCAAACAAAAGGCAAAGAACAUUGGAAAGGACUGUGGAAUUUUCAUUCAACCUUUCUUCAAUCCCACUCCCACCUACCUCCCCUCUUUUUGUCCUUUCCGCCUUGGCUUUUGCUGCGCAAAAAAAAAAAAAAUAGUGUUUGUGUGGUCGCCUGUGCUAUGGAGACCUGGGUAAGGUGUCUAGCAGGGGGAUCAACUGUCGGAUUCCAAGGACAAGCGAGAGAAGAGGAGCCGACAGCGAGAAGCGAGCAAGGGAGCACUGCUGCUUUGGGAGCCUGACUGGAUUCCUAUCUGCAAUCUUUUUUUUUUUCUUUUUCUUUUUUUUUCUAAUCAACAAGGAAAGGGAGAAAAAAAACACUCACAAAAGGGCCUUUCGAACCUUUCUCUUUGGAUGUGUGGAUUUACAAAAGGGCUCAUCUUGGUUAAGCUCUUUGGCAUUGAUACCUGUUUUGACAGAGCAAAUAUAAAAAGGCUUUCUUUGCUGCUCUUGGGAUAUACAUACAUCUGGUGUGAAUACCACAGCUCUUUCUGAUUGCAAACAGGAGGGAAACUAUAUAUCUCAGUUCAAGGACCUGUAAUAAUAACUUGAGAAACGCCAGCCCUCUUUACCCUCCCUUCUCCUUCUGCCCCUGAGCACAGUUCAUGGGAAUAAAAGCUUAAUUGAGGAUAGGUCAAGCCCUCUUGCCCCUUAGCAAGUACCCAAAACUCACGUUCUCCCCUUGUCCUCCUCCUUGACUUCCUUGAUCUGGUCCCCCUUAACACUACUACCAGCCAACCAGCUACUCUCCCUGAUCCCCAGAGCCCCCAAUCACCCCCCCCAAACACCCCCAUCCCCCCCCCCAGAUGAUGCUGAAUUAUGAACGUGCCACAUCAUGAGUCUCCUGGGGCGGGUAGCUGUGCAUCGUGCCAGGAAAGCCGCCCUGCUCUGUGUAGUCUUCCUGAUGGCGCGAGCGUGGAGCAGCGCCUCCCUGGCCUUGGCGGGGGCGGCGGUGUCUCAGGGACCCCAGGGCUGUCCACCGCAGUGUUCCUGUAGUAAUCAGCAGGGGAAGGUGGUGUGCACCCGACGUGGCCUCACCCGCGUGCCCCCUGGCAUUCCUGCCAACACGCGACACCUCAAUCUAAUGGAAAACGCCAUCGAGGCGGUGCAGGCUGACUCCUUCCGCCACCUGCACCACCUCGAGGUGCUCCAGCUUGGGCGCAAUGCCAUACGGCAGAUUGAGGUGGGCGCGUUUAAUGGACUCACCAGCCUCAACACACUGGAGCUGUUUGACAACCGGUUGACAGUGGUGCCCAGUGGGGCCUUUGAAUACCUGUCCAAACUAAGAGAACUGUGGCUGAGGAACAACCCCAUUGAAAGUAUCCCCUCCUACGCCUUCAACCGGGUGCCCUCCCUCAUGCGACUGGACUUGGGAGAGUUACGGAAACUGGAGUACAUCUCAGAAGGAGCUUUUGAGGGCCUACAAAACCUCAAGUACCUCAACCUGGGCAUGUGCAACAUACGGGGUGAUUUGCCAAACCUGAGUCCCCUAAAGGGCCUAGAGGAGCUGGAGAUCUCCGAAAAUCUGUUCCCAGAGAUAAGGCCAGGCUCCUUCAAAGGCCUGCGUGCACUGAAAAAGCUAUGGGUGAUGAACUCACAAAUAACAGUGAUAGAGCGCAACGCUUUCGACGACCUGUCUUCAUUGGUGGAGCUUAACCUUGCCCAUAACAAUCUGAGCGCUGUGCCACAUGAUCUGUUCUCCCCGCUCAGGUACCUGGUGGAACUCCAUCUCCACCAUAACCCUUGGAACUGUGGCUGUGAGGCUGUAUGGUUAGCACGCUGGCUAAGGGAGUACAUCCCAACUAACUCAACUUGCUGUGGUCGAUGUCACUCGCCUGCCAGCAUGAGAGGUCGACAGCUGGUGGAGGUGGACCGAGGUGAGGGCGCUGCAGUCCAGUGUUCGGCUCCUUUCAUUGCUGAUGCACCAAGGGACUUGAACAUCUCAGCGGGUCGAGUGGCUGACCUUCGUUGCCGCACAGCCCCAAUGUCUUCAGUGCGCUGGCUCCUACCCAAUGGAACUAUCCUGACACAUGCUUCUAGUCACCCGAGAAUAUCAGUCCUCAAUGAUGGUACCCUUAAUUUCUCAACUGUACUGGCAGUAGACACAGGCACUUAUACCUGCAUGGUGUCCAAUGCAGCUGGGAACUCCAAUGCCUCGGCCUACCUCAAUGUGAGUGCAGCUGAGCUUAACACAUCCAACUUGAGUUACUUCACCACAGUGACUGUGGAGGUCUUGGGGCCAACCACUGAGAUGCCCAAACCUAAAACCACCACGACCACAGCUGCUGCUGCUGCAGGGGCUGGGGCGGCUGGAGGAGGAGGAGUAGGCCUUGGAACAACAACGACAACUGCCUCUCCUUCAGUCUUUCAGCCAGUCUUCAUCUCCACUCCAACAGUGCUACUGCAAAGCACUGACAGCCCAUCAGGUGCAGCUAAGACAUCUGUGGCGCCAGGACUCCAAGGUGCCACUGGCAAGCCAGGCAAGUCUGGCCCUAGCUUGGACGAAGUGAUGAAGACCACUAAGAUCAUAAUAGGCUGCUUUGUAGCGGUGACACUGCUGGCUGCUGUCAUGCUAAUCGCCUUCUACAAACUGAGAAAGCGCCACCAGCAGAGGAGCACAGUGGCAGCUGCCCGCACUGUGGAGAUAAUCCAGGUGGAUGAGGAGGACCUUCCUCCACCAGCGUCUGCAGCUCAAGAGACAGCUCUAACGUUGCCUGAAAUCCGGGACCAUAACAGUAUACACAAACUGGACUUUAUCAGCCACAAGACUGACUAUAGCUUUCACAAACCCAAGGCCGAAUACAAACCCCAGCCUGAUUUCACCCUUCACAAGCCGAAGGCUGAGUAUACCACAUACAAGCCAAAUAUGGACUUCAGUAGCCACAAAUUCAUCCCAGAUUACAGCACUCACAAAUCUACACCAGAUUUUAGCCUUCAUAGACCAAAGCCUGACUACAGCCCAUUCAGACAGGACUACAGCACUCACAAGCCUAAAGCAGAGUACAGCCCAUUUAAACCAGACUUUGGCACUCACCCAAAAACUAAAUCAGACUACAGCCCAUUCAAACCAGAUUAUGGCACUCAUCCUAGGCAGAAAACUGACCUCAGUCCAUUCAAACGAGAUUAUAGCACCCAACCAAAACCCAAACAUGACUACAGCCCAUUAAGAUCGGACUACAACACACAACAUAAACCCAAGGCCGAAUACAGUCCAUUCAAGCCUGACUUUGGCACUCACCCAAGACCUAAACCCGAUUACAGCCAGUUUAAGCCUGACUAUAGCACUCAGCCUAAACCCAAAACAGACUACAAUGGCCAGAGAUCUAAACCUGACAUUACCUACAAACCCAAGGACCCUUACUCUUCUCAUAAGACUGCAACUGAUUACAGCGCCUUCAAGACAGACUUCAGCCCCCACAAAGCGGAUUACAGCGCCUUCAAGUCUGACUUUAGUCCACACACUCAGAGACCUAAACUUGAUUACAGUCCCCAUAAAGUGGACUACAGCCCCCAUAAAGUGGACUACAGCACUCUAAAGCCCAAAUAUAACACCUACAAACCAACUGGCCAUGGGGCUAAAUGGACAGAGAACAAUGUUGGGAACUCUUUGCCUCGAACCUUGCCCAGCACCAUCACAGCAAUGGCUGAGCCCUUUGUCAUAAAAACUCACACCAAGGAGAAGGUGCAGGAGACUCAGAUUUAAAAAAGCCCCCCCGCCCCCCCAAAAG